AUAUCAAAUAGGCAACAAUGGUCGACAAUAUUGCGGCAAGCGUGCCAAAUGGCCUGGGCAAAACCCCGCCUUUGGAGCUACUGUUCCGGCAGGUGUGCUACAAGCUCAAGGGUCCAAAGCAAUCCAAGAGCCAAAUACUGAACGAGACCUGCGGCGCCUUUCAAGCGGGUCGCCUAACGGCCAUACUGGGUCCAUCCGGUGCCGGCAAGUCCACGCUCCUAAACGUUCUGGCCGGCUUCAAAGUCAGCGGCGUUACGGGUCAGUUUCUCAUCAAUGGACAGCCGCGCGAUCUGCUCGCAUUUCGCAAAAUGUCGUCGUAUAUAGCCCAGAACUUUGUGAUGCUAUCGCUGCUCACGGUCCAGGAAACGCUGCGUGUUUCCGCCGAUUUGAAGCUGCCCACAGGCACAAGUACGCUGCAAAAACAACAAAUUCUGGAUGACAUUAUUGAGGUGCUCAACUUGCAUUCGUGCCGUCACACGCUGGUACGGGACAUUUCUGGCGGAGAGCACAAGCGUCUGUCCAUUGGCAUUGAGCUGAUCACGAAUCCGCCCAUCAUGUUCUUCGAUGAGCCGACCAGCGGGCUGGACAGCGUGGCCAGCUACCAGGUCAUGUGCUAUUUGCAGAAACUGGCGCACAACGGACGGAUUGUGGUGUGUGUGGUGCAUCAGCCCAGUUCGCGGCUGAUGCAGCUGUUCGACGAUGUCCUGGUGCUGGCCCACGGCGAAAUGCUCUACGCGGGCGCACAGUGCGAUAUGUUGGAUAGCUUCCAGGCGGCCGGUUUCCGAUGCCCACAGUACUAUAAUCCCGGUGAUUUUGUGCUUGAGGUGGGCAGCGAGUCGUCCAAUCAGCGCUGCGAGACGCUGAUCACACAGAACAAGUCCAAGUACGAUAUUCUGCAGAGCUUUAGCAGUGCUCCGGCCGACGAGCAGACAGCUUUUAUUGAGCUAUCCAAAAGUUCGACGGCGUCUGAUGCACUGCGUCCCAAGGAGCAGGUGGGUUUCUGGUAUCAGCUGAGUGUCCUGAUGCUCCGACAUUUGCGUGCCAUGUCCAGGGAUACGAUUGCCGUGCAGUUGCGUGUGGCCAUGCACAUUGUGGUUGCCCUGCUGCUGGGCGUGGUCUAUUGGCAGAUCGGCAAUGAUGCCGCCAAGGUUAUCAGUAAUGUAUCCUGCAUGUUUUUCAUUAUACUGUUUGUGUUCUCGGGCAACGCCAUGCCCUCCAUUCUGCUCUGCCUGCAGGACUCGCCCGUGUUCAUCAGGGAAUACUACAACGGCUGGUAUUCGCUGAAGGCCUACUACAUAUCCAAAGUGCUCGCCGAUUUGCCACUGCAACUAAUCUGUCCGACUUUAUUCAUUAGCAUCGGCUUCUUUAUGACCGGCCAGCCGCCGGAGCUGGGCCGUUUCGCCAUGUGCUGGAGCAUAUGCGUGCUGACCGCCUUUAUUGGACACUUUAUUGGCGUAAUUGCUGGCACUUUGUUGCCCAUGCAGUUGGCCAUAUUUAUAGUGCCCAGCAUAUCCAUACCGUUUCUGCUGUUCUCUGGAUUUUUUAUACGGAUGCGUGAAUUGUCCUGGUUUCUGCGGCCCAUUUGUGACGUAUCCUUUUUCCGAUACAUCUUCGAGGGUCUCAUGCGCGCCGUUUAUGGCUAUGGACGCGGCGAUUUGCCGUGUCAUCAGGAUUUCUGUUUUCACAAGUCAUCGGAACAGUUUCUCAAAUAUUUCGACAUGUCCGGCGAUAGCGUUAACGAGGAUAUACUCGUCCUGGGCCUGUUCCUGCUGGUGCUGCUGAUCGCCUUCAAUCUGUCCCUGCAUGUGUGCAUUCGACGUGCUCUGUGAGAGCGGCACGGCAUGUGUGCUGUUGGUUAAGAGAGUCUGGGUUUAGCUUGUAUUCAAUUCUAUUUAAGUAUUUAAAUCUCGAUGUUAUAGCCUAAUUAUUGCUUAACAAUGGCAUAGAUCGAUGCAGGCUUUAAUUUUGACUGUGAGCUCUCAGCAAUUGGCUCCAGUAGCUGUUUUUCUUUGAUCAUAAAACUUAUUCGUUAAUUAAAUGCAAAUAAGUUUUGUUUUCGAACUCGGUUCGUUUCGUGAAUCCGGAUUUUCCCAUUCUUACAAUCAGAUCUUAGUUUGUCACAUUCUUUCAAAUAUUAAAGAAAAUAAUUAAGUCGAUAAUUUGUUAUAGAAUAACUUCGAGCUGACUAUACAAAACAGAUUUUAGGCUCAAAAUUGCCCGUUCUGUUAGAAAUAUUACAAAUAUGAUUUAUGAUAUAUAGUAUGUAUAUAUAAGUAAUUAUUUUCAUAGAUUUUAGCGCGAUCUUAACGCUUUGGGACUGGCUCUCUCAACCGAAUCACAAUUAACUUAAUAAAAAUUAAUGUAAAUGCUGCAA